GUCAUUCGCGAGAGAUAGAGAACCGUCGAUGUCAAUGAGCUCGAACACUCCUAUUAAUUAUCAUAUGCAACCCCGUAACCCUGUCCCACCUCCAGGUCCUAUCCAACAAAUGCCUCAAAGACAAUUCCAACAACCACAGUUCCAAUCACAACUCACUCGUCCACAACCAGUCGUACAACGCGAGAGGUGGAUAUCACCAGAAGACCAAACGUGUAAUGGACUCAUUGCAGAGAACGAGAGAUGCCUCGAGAACAUCACACAGGCAGUCAUGCAGAAGCGAACGGACUUUUCGGAGAGCAUUGCAGUGUUCAAUGGGAACCUCCAGAAACUGAUUCAAAUUACAAACCAAAUGGCAGCAAGUCUCCCGAUGUUUUACUUCACACCAAUCAGUGUUAAUCUCCCAAAGUUCAAGAAGGAGGAUAUCAGACACUCCCCAGCUUAUGGGGCUGAUUUUGUAAAACAGGAACAGAGAAGAGAUGUCUUGUGA